AUGAUCUUGCUCGUUUGUCGGCAAUGUCGACGUGCUACCAUCGGGCGGCGAGGCCUCUGCACGGCUGCUGAAGACAAGUAUCUUGAGCUGAAACAACUGAAGGACAUCAAGAGUGUGAGAUUCUACGAAGAACAAAGCCAAAAACGUCGGUACUUUUACUAUAUAGACUUACAGGGCCGCCUGUUCCUGGAAGACACACGUCCAAAAAAUAUUGCGACGUCACUUAAGAGCGCAAAGUUCUUGCGGUUUUUCUUUUCUCAAGUGCAACCAAACAGCAUUUUGCAGUGCAACGUAAAGGAUGAGGAACAGUUUCUAGACUAUCCCUACCGGUCGCCGUGCGGAAAAGAGACAAAUUUUAUAAAAUGCGCAGACCGACCACUUGUGUUUGAGGACCUGCGCCGGGAUGACAUUAGUGGCAAGUGGAUGCUUUCAUUUGGUGGUGGAGAGCUUGCGAUGCCCUUCCUACCGGACACGUUGCGUAUUUCGCUUUCGACAGGGAGACUUUAUCAUGACGUGGAAACCAAGCAUAUCGCAUCUGGAACAUCGGAGGGUGUCGCUCUUGUCCGAUCGCAACUCGCAGUCGAACUGGGCAAGCACAUUGACGUGCCUAACUUUCCUGAUGGAUACGUUGCUAAGAAGGAUAUCACGAGCAUUGAAGUUGGUGACUUCAAAUGGUGCAACCAACGCUAUGCCAUACAUGCUAUCGAAUGA